AUGAUUCACCUACCAACGGAGCUCCUCUCAACCACUACAUCACCAUAUCCAUUCAUGAGAUGGGCAAUGGACAUUGUUGGUCCAAUGCCACCAUCCAAACAGAAGCGCUAUCUCCUUAUCAUGACAGAUUACUUCACCAAAUGGGUCGAUGCCGAAUCAUACGCAACCAUCCGCACCCCUGACGUUCAGAAAUUUUUCUUGGAGUGGAUUGGUCCAUCAGUUGAACGCAGGAUCCAGCAUUUAGAUGUUGAGACUGAUAUUGUUUCUUGCAUGCCUCAAAACAUUUACAAGAGCAACACAUUGGUCUCUCUAAAGCUCGUAGCCGUAGGACUCGAGACUCCAAAUUCUGAUGUUUCUCUACCUUGUCUCAAGAUCUUUCCUUUAGAACACAUUUUGUAUGAUGAUGAUUCUUUGACCUUGGAGAAGCUCAUCUCAGGUUGUUCUGUUCUUGAGGAUUUUACUAUGAUUAGGCAAACUUAUACACCUGGAACAGUUAUGCUGUCUCUGCGUAUGAGAUCUCAGUCUCUAAAAAGCUUUCGUCUCACGUUUGAGUAUACUAUGGAGGGUGCAGAUUUUUCGGUGGAGAUUGAUGCUCCAAAACUCAAGUAUUUGAGUUUUAAGGAUAAACAGUCUGAUAAGAUUGUAAUCAAGAAUUUGAGCUCCUUGCUCAAGAUCGACAUUGACACUGAGUUUCAUGCCAAAUAUGGAGAUGCUUUGGAUCCGAAGGAGAGAAUGAAGAGGUAUACUAUCUCUGAUUUUCUCACCGGUAUAUCUAAUGUAAAACAUAUGAUCAUCUCUCAGCGUACUGUAGAGGUAUGCUAUAUAGUAUGCUCUCUCUCUAUAUUCAACCCGAUUCCUAUAUUUGAUAACUUGUAUCGUUUACAAGCUGCAUCCUGUAGCUACAUGUUACAGUUAUUGCCAAUCUUUCUUGAGAGCUGCCCAAAUCUGAAAGACCUCGUUUUGGACUGUUUUGUUUCGACGGAGCCAGAGCUAACUGAACUUAGCUAUGUCCCUCAGUGUUUGUUAUCGAGUCUGGAGUCUUUUGAGAUUAGAGGAUUGAGUAUGGACGAAGAAACCGGGAAGAAACUAGUGAGGUAUUUUCUGGAGAAUUCAGUACUUCUCAAGAAACUAAUUCUGCGUUUCAAAGAUUAUUCUAUACCAAAUUAUGAUUCAGAUAUCCUCAAGGGGAUUCGUACAUUCACAAAGCGUUCUCACAAAUGUCAGAUCAUCAUUCAUUAA